UCCAUUGAACAAUUCCUCUGCUUUUCCUUUCCAUUUUACUUCGUGUCUGUGCUUUAUGGGAUUCGGUUGUUCUUCGUUCUCUUGAUUUGACGAGCUGCGAAGAGAUUAAAUUUUCUUUCCAUCCUUGUCUUGAUUUCUUUUUGAAAUUGAUACGUGGUCUCUUCUUUUGCUUGAGGCGUUUCAUGGGGUUAGGACUUCUGUUCGUAUUUUUAGCUCUGUUCUACUUCAGAAGACUGGUUUUUGAUGUUUUCUCUGUAAAUUUGUGUUUGUUUUAGUUGCCUUGCCCCUUCUGGUUUAUGGUGCCGCCUUUUUCUGAUUGGUAGCAAUCAGAUGGAUUAUGCGUUUUGAAUCUUGUGCGCGUGCAUGUUAUUGAUUGUUUUAAACACUCUUUCCAUUCAUUGUUUCUUUGGAUUUUGUUUUUCUGACAGUCGAACGAGAAAAUCCAGUCCUGAUCCUCGUGAAAGCGGCCCUAAAACCUUAUAGGUCCUUCCCAACCCUCUUGUGCAAGGAAAUAUGCUCUCGGGAAUCGAACUGUGACUGGCCAUCUCACUGCUAUGCCCUGAACUAAUUCUCGCGGGUGUAAGUUUGUGGAUGCUGCUGGAAUAGGCCGACCUUCGGCUUACAAAUUGCCAACAGAGGCUUUGUUGGUUUGAAGGACUUUAGGUCAAUAUGUCGUCAUCAGAUCUACAAAAGGAAGCAGAUCGGUCAGAUUUUCAGACAAUUUUUAAUGCCAUAGAAAAUGCAGCCACCGACUCACCGAAACUGAGGGAGAGAAGGCCAUACCAAAUUGAUCGUCAACGGUCGUGUGAGGACUCCAUGAUGGGGGAGUUUGUUAACCAAAAUGAUUCUGCUGGACCCCAGUUUCUAGAAAGCUUGAAAACCGCAGGAUCAACUGAAAUUGUAGCGUCGCCAAGCAAACAAUUAACUCCAAGCGCAUGCAAACAAUUAACUCCAAGCGCAUCCUGGGGUUGUCAUGCUUCCUUGAAUCAAAACCCUAUGGUGGUUGAGGCUUGGGAAACAUUGAGAAAGUCCAUUGUCUAUUUUCAAGGGAAUAUGGUGGGAACAGUUGCUGCACUGGAUCUAUCUGAUGAUACCCUGAAUUAUGAUCAGGUAUUUGUCCGUGAUUUUGUUCCAAGUGGUUUAGCUUUUUUGAUGAAUAAGGAACCAGCAAUAGUAAAAAAUUUUCUUUUAAGGACUCUUGGACUCCAGUCGUUGGUGAAGCAUGUUGACUGCUUCACUCUUGGUCAAGGGGUUAUGCCAGCAAGUUUCAAGAUUCUCCACAAUCCAGCAAGAGGUACAGAGGCAACAAUUGCUGACUUUGGAGGAAGUGCUAUUGGAAGAGUUGCACCAGUUGAUUCUGGGUUUUGGUGGAUAAUCAUGCUGAACGCUUACACAAAAGCUACAGGAGACUAUUCUCUAUCUGAGAUGCCUGAUUGCCAAACAGGAAUGAGGUUGAUAUUAUCACUUUGCCUUUCUGAAGGAUUCGACAAUUUUCCAACGCUGCUUUGUACAGAUGGCUGUUGUAUGGUUGAUCGUAGAAUGGGCAUUUAUGGUUAUCCUAUUGAGAUACAAGCAUUGUUCUUUAUGGCACUAAGAUGUGCCCGUCGGCUUUUGAGGGCUGAAGGUGGUGGGGAAGGAUUUAUCGGGAUGAUUGACAAAAGAUUACGUGCUCUCAGAUAUCAUUUACGUAAUUAUUUCUGGCUUGAUUUUCAAAAACUAAACAAUAUUUAUCGCUAUAAGAUGGAAGAGUACUCUCAUACUGCAGUUAACAAGUUCAAUGUCAAUCCCGAAUCAAUCCCAGAUUGGAUAUUUGAUUUCAUGCCAACAAAUGGUGGUUACUUCAUUGGAAAUGUCAGUCCAGCCAGAAUGGACUUCAGAUGGUUUGCUUUGGGAAAUUGCAUGGCAAUUUUAUCAUCAUUAGCUACUAGUGAACAAUCCAAGGCCAUAAUGGAUCUUAUUGAGGAGAGAUGGGAGGAGCUUGUUGGGGAAAUGCCCCUUAAGGUUUCCUACCCAGCCUUAGAGAGUCAUGAAUGGCGUAUAGUCACAGGCUGUGAUCCUAAAAACACAAGAUGGAGUUAUCAUAAUGGUGGUUCUUGGCCAGUUCUUUUAUGGUCACUCACAGCUGCAUGCAUUAAAACUGGGCGACCGCAUAUAGCAAAAAGGGCUCUUGAACUGGCUGAGAGCAGGAUUUGUCGUGAUGGUUGGCCAGAGUAUUAUGAUGGUAAAACUGGUCGAUAUGUUGGCAAACAGUCACGCAAAUUUCAAACCUGGUCAGUUGCAGGUUAUUUGGUCUCCAAGAUGAUGCUUGAAGAUCCAUCGCAUCUUGGUAUAGUCUCACUUGAGGAGGAGAAGCAAAAGUCCACGCUUGUUAGGUCAACCACAUUUAAUUGCUGAGUCUUACUAAUGGCAAGUUUUUCUUGUGUGUGUGGUCAGAAGUUUAUUCUGAUCUCUGAUGGCUCGCCUAUCUCUGCAGCACAACCAGAAGCCAGGCAACAGCCCCUUUUCUUUACCAAGUCAACAAAUUUAAUUGCUUACUUUAGAAAUGUUUGUUAUAUGUCUGUGCUCUUAUCUGUAUUGAGUGUACAUGUCCAAUUUUACAUUGUAAAGCCUAAUGUUUUGAAAGCAUGAAAUGUUCAAGUUGUGGAGCC